AUGAGGACCCCAGGAAGAGUAUGUGGACCUCAGGAAGAGUUUGUGGACCCCAGGAAGAGUGUGUGGACCCCAGGAAGAGUAUGUGGACCCCAGGAAAAGUAUGUGGACCCCAGGAAGAGUAUGAGGACCCCAGGAAGAGUAUGUGGACCUCAGGAAGAGUGUGUGGACCUCAGGAAGAGUGUGUGGACCCCAGGAAGAGUGUGUGGACCCCAGGAAGAGUGUGUGGACCCCAGGAAGAGUGUGUGGACCCCAGGAAGAGUGUGUGGACCCCAGGAAGAGUGUGUGGACCCCAGGAAGAGUGUGUGGACCCCAGGAAGAGUAUGUGGACCCCAGGAAGAUAAUACUUACAACUGUAAUGCCUCUACCUCUACUUCUACCCCUGCUUCUACUUCUGCCUCUACCUCUGCCCCUGCCUCUACUCUUGCCCCUGCCUCUACCUCUACUUCUGUCUCUACUUCUACUCCUGCCCCUGCCUCUACUUCUACCCCUACUUCUGCCUCUACCUCUACUAUUGCCCAUGCCUCUACCACUACUUCUGUCUCUACUUCUACUCCUGCCCCUGCCUCUACCUCUACUUCUGUCUCUACUUCUACUCCUGCCCCUGCCUCUACGUCUACCCCUACUUCUGCCUCUACCCCUGCUUCUACCCCUACUUCUGCCUCUACCUCUAAUUCUACCCCUGCUUUUACCUCAACUUCUGCCUCUACCUCUACUACUGCCCCGGCCUCUACCACUACUUCUGUCUCUACUUCUACUCCUGCCCCUGUCUUUACCUCUACUUUUGCCCCUGCCUCUACUUCUACCCCUACUUCUGCCUCUACCUCUACUACUGCCCCUACCUCUACCUCUACUACUGUCCCUACCUCUACCUCUACUUCUGUCUCUGCUUCUACUUCUGCCCCUGCCUCUACUUCUGCCCCUGCCCUUUCUACUUCUGCCCCUGCCUCUACUUCUAAUUCUACCCCUGCUUCUACCUCUACUUCUGCCUCUACUAUUGCCUGUGCCUCUACCACUACUUCUGUCUCUACUUCUACUCCUGCCCCUGUCUUUACCUCUACUUCUGCCCCUGUCUCUACCUCUACUUCUGUCUCUACUUCUACUUCUGCCCCUGCCUCUACCUCUACUUCUGCCCCUCCCUCUACCUCUACUCCUGCCCCUGUCUCUACCUCUACUUCUGUCUCUACUUCUACUUCUGCCCCUGCCUCUACUUCUACCCCUACUUCUGCCUCUACCUCUACUACUGCCCCUACCUCUACCUCUACCUCUACUUCUGUCUCUACCUCUACUUCUGCCCCUGUCUCUACCUCUACUUCUGUCUCUACUUCUACUCCUGCCCCUGCUUCUACUUCUACCCCUACUUCUGCCUCUACCCCUGCUUCUACCCCUACUUCUGCCCCUGCCUCUACCUCUACUUCUGCCCCUCCCUCUACCUCUACUUCUGCCCCUGCCUCUACCUCUACGUCUGUCUCUACUUCUACUCCUGCCCCUGCCUCUACUUCUACCCCUACUUCUGCCUCUACCUCUACUUCUACCUCUACCCCUGCUUCUACCCCUACUUCUGCCUCUACUUCUACUCCUGCCCCUGCCUCUACUUCUAUCCCUACUUCUGCCUCUACCCCUACUUCUGCCCCUGCCUCUACUUCUACUUCUGCCUCUACCUCUACUUCUGCCCCUGCCUCUACUUAUACCCCCACUUCUGUUUCUACCCCUGUUUCUACUCCUACUUCUGCCUCUACCUCUACUUCUGCCUCUACUUCUACUUCUGCCUCUGUCUCUACCUCUACCCUUGCUUUUACCCCUGCCCCUGGUUCUGCGCCUGCCUCCACCCCUGCCCCUGCCCCUGCCCGUGCCCCUGCCUGUGCCCAGGGACUAAACAAGAGGAACCUCCGUGAAAUAUAG